CUCUCAUUUUGCAAUUGUUGUUCUCUCAAAAAACUAUGCCUCUUCUUCAUGGUGUUUAAAUGAGCUCCGACAUAUUCUUCAAUCAAGAAAUAAUUUGGGCUAACAGGUUUUUCCUAUAUUUUAUGAUGUAGAUCCAUCUGAUGUACGGCAUCAAACAGGAAGUUUCGGUGAAGCUUUUGAUAGGCAUCACAUGCUUCAAAGGGACAAUCAGGAUAUGAAAAGUUGGAAAGAUUCUCUCACGGAAGUUGCCAACUUAUCUGGUUGGGAUUACAAGGAUGGGCCUGAAGCAGAACUCAUUGAGGUGGUGGUUAAGGAGCUAUGGACAAAAUCACGUUCCAGACUGCUGCCUGCUAGUGAAAAACCAAUUGGAAUUCGCGAUAAACUAGAACAACUGGGGCCGCUCUUUCAGAUAGGUCUCAAUAAUGUUCAAUUCGUUGGAAAAUGGGGCUUACCAGGUGUCGGCAAGACAAGGCCAUUUUUGACAAAUAUCAUAGCCAAUCUGAAAUUCGCUGCUUUCUUCCCCGUGUGCGGACAAUUUCAGAAAGAGAUGAUGAGGUUUGCAAAGUUUUCACAUUCUUUCACAUUCCAGAUCGAAGACACGUACGAAGGGAAGAAAAUAACCCAAAACCUUUGUCGCAAGAAAAAUGCUUUACUUAUCCAGAUGAUGUUAGCCGUACAAUCCUUUUAG